AUGUCAUCUCGGUGCCUCGAUAUCCCCCACAGCAAGAGUGGUUCUAGACCACCGAAGCUAGUCAGGUCGAAUUCAUCCUUGUCCUUCGCUAAAGAAGCCGGAAUUUCCAAGCGUCGCCAUGAUCUCCGUCAUCGUCGCCUUAAUGUGGCAACCGUUCCCGGAACAGUGGCUCGUGCAGAUGGCAACCUAAAUCCCAUCUCACCCAUCGUCACCCUCUUGAUCGGCCAGGAGUCCCGCAUCUUCGCCGCCCACGAAAACGUGCUAUCCGCUUCGCCCUUCUUCAAGAACGUCCUCGACACUCAAUUCUCCGAAGGUGAAACCAAGCGAAUAUUGCUUCCUAAUGAGGAACCAGAGAUCUUCUCCUCAGUUCUCGAAUACCUCUACAAAGGCGACUACCACCCCCGCCUUGUUCACGAUAGGAGACGGGACACGUGGGAACUGGAGGAGUCAGCGGCAGCAGGCAGAAACGGGAACGGCGGUCGGGAGGCUCCAACCAUUUAUCAUCAUUCGGUGGAUGGUGAAGUGCUCAAAGACACGGUGAUUUACUGCGCGGGCGAGAAAUAUGGACUGGAAGAGUUGAAGAGAAUUGCUCUAAGAAAGCAAGGUCUUCAAUGCGGAAGAGUGGCCAGCACAAUCUUGACCUCCGCCAGAUACGCCUACGCCAACACCCCCGACACCGACUCCAAGCUUCGAGCUCACUAUCUUGCGCUGAUCAUUCGCGGCCGCAACACGUUCAAACGCAGCGGAACUAUGCAGCUGGAGAUGUUUCACGGUGGCAGUGAUCUCUUCUUUGACUUGUUUGUGGCACUGUGUAAUCAUGUUGAUGAUAUUUCGGUUGCUUCAAGCACCCAACAAAACACUCAGCAAAGCUCCUGCAACGAGGACGGCCCCCAGCCGUAG